AUGGCUCUAUUGCUCUACAUAAUCCUAAGUGUUCUAUUGGCAAAUGUGCAGUCAAAAGAUAUAUUCUGUGAUAAAGAUAUUUACGACACCACAUUUCAUACGUACAAACUAAAUGGCACAAUUUUCCCGAUAGACUCCCUUGUCAUAUGGUCUCCAACAACUAAGAAGGACAUACACCCAAUUGCCGAUCUAUGCUCUUACCAGACAGGACUUCCUCCAUUGCAACAUCAAUGUAGUGCAACAAAACCGAGAGAUAAAACACAAACAUGGGAUUAUACUCUUACAGAUAUCGUGGAUUGUCAAAUAAUUAAAAAACGCAGUUGUCAGGAGGAAUCAUUUGAACAUGACUAUAUAAUGAAGAACAAAUUUCAUAAAAAGCAUACCAAUAAAUGGCCCGCCACGGCCAUGAACGAAUUGGCUAUGCCUCUCGAUAUCUGUUUGCUUUCCAGCGGUCAAUCCUUAAAUCGAAAAUGCAUAUACAAUAAACAAACAUAUAAGGCCGAAUGGCAAAAGUUGGAUGGCAACGUGAAAUGCUUGAAGGAGAUCAAUGAAACAAUUAUUACAAAUGAUCUGAACACACUCUAUCAUGAGGUGAAAAAUGAAAACCAAACAUUAAAUAGCGAAAAAGUGGUCACAGAGCUGACUAAGAUAUUGGGUCGAAAAGACCACAAACGCAUUGCCAGUGAUCUGGAGAUUUCUACAAAUAUAAUGAAAAUUAUGACAUUCGCUGAUCGAACCCCCUCCAUGGCAUCAAAAUUUAUUCAAGUCACCGAUCUGCUAAUGCAAUCCGAAGAGAGUGCUGUACUCAACUCGCUACCAACAAAUACCCCCAAUAAUCUCGUAAGCACCGUUGAGUCCUACUACGACAAUAUGACCAGAAUGUUUAUGCCCAACACAACGGAUUGUUCGGAUCAACCAGAUGGCGUCAAAUAUUUCAUAGAAAAUAUGACAAGUGUUUUUUACAUUUAUCCAAUCUGUUCAAACAUCUCGGGUAUUGGUACAUAUAGUGCGUCAUCGGGUUCGGAGGAAAUGCGUUAUGACAACCACACAAACACCUAUUUCAAAUAUAUUCGUUUAAAUGAAUCAUUGGAGGACCUCAUCUAUGAUCCAUUUAUUAUGAAUGCUGUCUAUUUUCCUGAAGAUGCGUGGGCAGAAUUACAAAAUAUGCAACCGAAAGAAGACAAUCAGGUACAUGCAAUACGGAUUUCUUUAUAUAAAAAUCGAAAUUUCUUUGUUGGAAGAAAACAUCGUGCUCCGGAUAGUGUUGUGCUGAAAGUCUCAGUACCAGGAUAUGGAGAAGACCUACCCUUACCUAUACCAUAUAUAUUCAGCACAACGGAACCCGAGAACACCCCCACACCAAUGGGUUGUGGCUCCUACAAUUAUGACUUUUGGAGUUUAAGUGAUUUGAGCAUCACGAAAUCGGAUUAUGCAUCAGUGUGUGAAGUGAAAAACUUACAUUUUGGUGCUCUGUUACGUUUGAAGGCGUCAUAUGUCAAAGUCACUGAUAUGACUGUGCUCAAUGUCAUCCUGGGCUAUGGCCAAGACAUAAUAACAAUUUGUGGUUGUAUAUUGUCAUUGUUCGGAUUAUUUGUCAUUUGGAUGACAGCACUCUGUUGUCCGCAAUGGCGGCGCAAAGCAUCGAAUUUAUUGCUGCUAAAUAUUUGUGCGGUCCUAACGCCGAUCAUGGCAUAUUUCCUAUUCAUUAAUAUCGGUGAUAUACGUCAGUCCUUUAUAAAUCGCGACAAUCUGCAGUAUUGCAUUCUGGAAGGUGCCCUCUUGCAAUAUUUAAUUUUGGUACUGUUCAUGUGGUUGUUACUAAUGGCAAGGUUUCAGUAUCGACGCUAUACCCAAAUCACUGAAACUAUUCGAAGCACAUGUGAUAAUGUCAUAUAUAUGUUAAUUGCGUGGGGCCUACCAUUGGUGCCCACAUUGAUCGUGGCAUUCGUGAAUCCGCAGUCAUAUAUACCAUUUUCGGAAAACGGUUUGGUUAGCAGUAAUAUUUGCUAUCCAUCUGGUUGGAGCUUCUAUUUCGGCAUAUUUGCACCCAUAGCUACUGUUGUGACCAUCAAUGUCGCUUUAUAUGUGUACACCAUGUGUUUUUUGCGCUGCACUAAGAGUGAAUCCAGGGUUCGCAAGGAUCGCAAAAGGAUAAUUUUGGAGCUGCGUUUAUCUAUAGUAUUAUUUUUCUUUUUGGGAAUAUCAUGGAUUUUUGGCAUACUGGCCCAUAUGCAGGAGAGUCAAGCUAUGUCGUUCCUAUUCUGUUUAACCUCAACACUACAAGGGUUCUUUUUAUUCCUGCAGUUUGUCGUCAGUGACAAGGAAACGAUGUCGUCAUGGUUUAUAUGUAUUUGUGGUGAAUCAUAUUAUACGGAUGAAGAUGUAUCAUUGCCGUUGAGUAAUAAUAUAAAAUAA